AUGCAGCAAGCAUCAGUAAUGAUGAUUCUUGCGUCCCAGCUGGUUAUGUCCCCGUCAAGGCUUUCUGAUAACUACACAUUGAUGUAUGCAUGGAUGGUCAUCUAUGAGGUACAGAAUCGAAUGUCGGACCCAUGUCUAGAACUAUGGCAAUGUGCAAAAAAUGGGGUACGCACCGCCAAGUCGUGCCGCCUCCGCUGGGUCAACAAGCUCAGGGCUAAUCUCAAAAACGGUUGCAAAUUCUCGGCGGAGGAAGAAAGGGUGGUGAUCGAGUUGCAGGCGCAGUUCGGGAACAAAUGGGCGAGGAUCGCAACACACUUGCCUGGGCGGACUGACAACGACGUCAAGAACUUCUGGAGCAGCAGGCAAAAGAGACUGGCCAGGAUCCUCCGGGCCUCAUCUUCCAAGCAGCACAAACACAAAAGGGAAGUCCCUGUCGUUCCCCAUCACAAUGUUCCGAUUGUGGAGAUUCCCAAAUCGAGCUCUUCGGUGGAGGAAGAGUCGACCUCAAGGGCUUGCUUGGGGGCAAUGCCGCACAUCACUGAUCCUCCGCUGCCGCAGAGACUGCUUCCGCCACCGCCGGACCUGCCAAACGCCGUUAUUCCCAAUGCUAGUGGCCAUUUGGCUCCACAUGAGUUUGACUCCAACGAGAGCCUCUACUCCGAUCCUCACAUGCAAAUCCCGUUCCCUCACAUACCACUGCCGCAAUUAGGCAUCUCGUUCUCGCUUGAGAGCCAAGAGCUCAUGGCAAGGCUCGACGACCCCAACUAUUUCAGUUUGCUGGGCCCUGGGGAUGAUGCUUCCGAGCUCGUGGACAGAGAGGGAUUUCCUCCCGACAUGCCCGUUCUUGGUCCUUCCUUGUGUUGUAAAGACAGCGACGGCAUGAUAGACGGGAAUAUGAACCCGGAUGUUUUCUUCGACGACUUGCCAUUGGAUGUACCUGACCAUUUCGAGCCACUCCCGAGCCCAUCGAAGUGGUGA